CAUAAUUCGUAGGGUAUCUGUCUUUCGGCGUGUUGCUUUUUCGCCAGUGCUUGUUAAAUCUCAAGCGCUUCGCAUGUAAUCAGAUGUUUCAUUUCAUCACGGUGAUCUAGCAAGUUGAGCGUUACAGUGCCGCUUAGAUAUUACUCAAUACAAAAAUUUCACAUAAUGCACUCACUCGAAAUGAAAGGUCCAAGAAGUUUGCGCCUGUUGCAGCAGCUUGUAAACGGGAGACAGCAGAGCGUUCGUCUGGCGCACGGUCAAAGUUCAACCAACACGCUGAAGACACUUAAUAAACAUUAUGAAGAAGUCAGCAUUCCCGUUCCGUGGGGUCACAUAGCUGGCAAAUGGUACGGACCGAAGCAUGUGCGUCCUAUUCUGGGCAUGCACGGCUGGCAGGAUAAUGCUGGCACCUUCGACACGCUCGCACCGCUGCUGCCCCCGCAUUUGUCCUUCCUCAGCAUAGACGCACCGGGUCACGGACUCUCCUCCUGGCUGCCAGCCGGCGUCAUGUAUCACUCCAUAGAUUAUGUACAGCUGGUGCUGCGUAUAAUGGAGGAAUACAACUGGAGCAAAGUAUCCAUACUGGGUCACUCAAUGAGUUCCAUAAAUGGCUUCGUAUUUGCUGCUCUCUUCCCGGAGAAGCUGGAUAUGUUUAUUGGCUUGGACGUGCUGAAGCCCCCCAUACGUAGUCCAAAACAAAUUGUUAAUGGGCUCUCAGCCCGACUGGAAGGUCCCCUAAAGCUGGAACGACGCCUACGCAGCGGUGGUGAACCGCCUGCUUACGAAUGGGAUCAACUAGUGGAACGUUUGCAUCAGGGUAGCGAAAAAUCCGUAGAUUUAGACUCUUGCAAGUACCUACUGCAGCGCAACUGCAAACCCUCCAGCCUCGAACCUCACAAGUAUUACUUCUCGCGCGACAAUCGCCUGAAGUACUCGCAGGUCUACACACUCUCCCUGGAUAUUGUGCUGGAAAUCGCAACGCGCAUCAGGGCGCCGCAUCUGUUCAUUAAAGCUCUACAGGCGCCCUACUACGAGCAUAAGAAAUACUAUGAUGCCACGCUCGCGGUGCUGCGCCAGAACCCGCUAUUCGAAUAUCAUGAAGUUGAGGGAUCGCAUCAUGUACAUCUCAAUGAGCCCGAAAAGGUGGCGCACAUCAUUAAUUCGUUUAUCAACAAGUACAGACCCUUAUGAGAAUAUAUAGAAGGGGAUAAACCCCUAACAUGUACAAAGUAGCUAGUUAAUAUCUAUUGGCCGAUAUAGAUAUUAUAACCGACAUUGAAUGUAGAUAUUGAGUGACGAUAAUGUUUAACCCACGCUUAAUAAUAAAAAUACAAUUUGUUGCUUCUAUUUAAUUUAAUUACCGUCAAUACUGGUAAUAACAUUACAGUUAGAGUAAAUUACAAAUUUGAAAAUGUUUGAGUAGAUUUUUGUUGUUGUCUGUUUUGUUAUUUUUUAAAUGGAAUUCGCGCCGCAACUAAAACUAGCCAAUAAAUACUACGCACUUGAUUAUAAAAUAUUGUUUCAAAACAAAACAAAAAUCAUUAAUGACUUUUGUUUCUUUUGUGCGUUGUUUAUUAAAAUUAAGUAGAUCAGAAAAUGUACAGAACAAUUUAAAAGGAAUUGUGUGUGUAAAUGAUGCGAAAAAGCACUGAAUCUAUGAACGCCACAGAAUUUUAAUUUUAUUUCAUUGCGCACUGCACAUUUUUGGCAGCACAUAGAGUCAGCAUUUCUCCUGCAAUCAAACUUAAAAGUUAAGCCUAUGAAAUAAAUUAUGCAGGAGUAGAUAAUAAUAAGCUAAUAUCUAACCACAUGCAUCAACUUAUAUGUUAUUCCUUUCAUUUCUUUUUGUUUAUGUACUUUUCCAAUUCAGUCAGCGCUAAAAACAAUAAAAUCUUUACAAUAUUGGGUUACAAAAGGAAACCACAUAAAAAAAAGGAAAUAUUGACGCUGCUGCCGAUUUGUAACAUUCUUAGUUUAAUAAAUAUACUUGUAUAUAAGUAUUUAUGGUAGGUUGUAAAUGUGUAUAUCAAGCGUAAUAGCAAUUACUUCAGUUUCGCAUGGAUUUUCUGCGUGUAUGAGUGUGUUUUGGUUUUGUCAGAUUCAAGUUGUUAUAGAAAAAUAUACAUAUAUGUUAAAUAAAUAUAUAUGGUGUUAUAUACUCUGCUAAACUACAAGACAUACAACUAUAUGAACCAACAGGCGUUGUGCAGAUGCAAAAGUUGUCCAAUCCUUGUGGAAUUUCAACUUUUGGUGCUGCCCAACAGCUGGAGCUGCUCUUUAAACAUUGUAAUAAA